AUGGGUCUGUUUAGUAGAGAGAAAUCCAACGAGAACGCAGCUCCAGCAGUUUCUCAAGGGGAUUCUAAAAUCACGGACCAGUUGAAGGGCCAAAUCAAGCAGGAAAUAGCAGUAGCAAAUGCCACCGAGCUUGUAAGCAAAGCCUCCGAAAGUUGUUUCAACCUGUGCUUACAAAAACCAUACAACACCAAUAACGAUACGUGUAUAGAUCAAUGUCUGGCCAAAUACCUGCGGAGCUGGAACAUCAUCUCCAAGACGUACGUCAGCAGGAUCCAAGAGGCCGCUAAUGCCGGGGAGAUUUAA